CAUAAGUUCGCAUUAUGAUCUCAGAAAGGAAAUCUGACGUGAAACGAUACCCUGUUUGAAUAUCUAAAUUCUAUCUUCUCUAUCUUCUUUCGAAUCCAACCCAUCGCAUGCACCGACCGCCAUGGCAUCUACACUCUCUGAACGACAACGAGACGACCUACAUAAAUCCAUCCUGGACUACCUCAACACCGCCGGAUUUUCCAAGACUGUUGACCAGUUCAAGCAAGAACUUCCCUCUGACUUUCGAUUCGAUUUGGGCCAGAACAGUAGUGGUCUUCUCGUUAAGAAAUGGACAAGUGUCAUCCGAAUGCAAAAGAAGAUUAUGGACCUUGAAUCACGUCUAGCGCAGGCAUUAGAGGAUAGCGCACAUAUUGCUCACCUUCCCAACGGCUCCGCGAGACGUUACGACGCAGACUGGCUACCAACUUCCAGCUCUGCUAAGCAUACCCUUACUGGUCACCGUGACAGUGUCAAUGCGGUGGCAUUCCACCCGCUCUAUUCCGUCCUUGCCACCGCCAGCGACGACUGCUCCGUCAAGAUCUGGGACUGGGAGACUGGGGAGCUUGAACGAACACUGAAGGCUCAUACGAAGCGAGUUUCGGACUGUCAGUUUAAUUCGAACGGCACGAUGCUAGUGACAUGCUCGUAUGACCUUUUUAUUAAGCUAUGGAAUAUCGACAAUGAUUAUCAAAAUUCCGCAACGCUGCGAGGGCACGAACAUUCCAUAUCCUCGGCGCGCUUUCUACCUGGAGACGAUCGUAUUGUGAGCUCCAGUCGCGACCACACCCUCAGAAUAUGGGAGGUCUCUACCACGUACCCUCGAUUUGACCUCAAAUAUCACUAUUGGCCCCGUGAAAUGGUCCAGGCUCAAAUGUUGACCCUUUUUUCCAGGCAUUGCAUUAAAGUUAUUUCACCCCACGACGACUGGAUCAGAUGUGCUGUUCCCAGUACCGAUGGCCGAUAUAUCAUAACCUGCUCUGCUGACCAUACAGCGAAAAUCGUCGAUACGACCUCUGGUGACGUAAAGACUGAAUUUCGAGGGCACGACAACGUCGUUGAGGCUGCUCAGCUCUGUCCACCUCAUGCCGUCGCUGCCAUUCGCGAACUGGUUGCCCUUAAGGCUCCACAAGGCGCACAAGCGACGGCUCAAGCCUCCAUCGUUUUUGCGGUCACUGCGGCGCGAGACAAGACUGUCAAGAUAUGGGAUGCAAUCCGGGGCCAAUGUUUGCAUACUUUGAUCGGACAUGAUGAUUGGGUUCGCUCUAUAGUUUUCCAUCCAAAUGGACAACAUCUCCUCACGGCAUCGGACGAUCAUUCAUUCCGUAUUUGGGACCUAAAGACUGGACGUUGCACACGGAAAAUAGAGGCUCAUGAGCGAUUUGUGACUGCAAUGUCCUGGGGACGUCAGGUUGUCUCUACACAGACAUCGGAUCAAGCAGACCCGAAUGCGCCGCCCGCAUUGGUGAACGUCAUUGCAACAUGUAGCAGCGAUCAGACUGUGAAAAUAUGGGUUCCACAACGCUAAUUAACCGUUACACCUUUUAUUACCCAGGUGGUUCCUUCUUAUCGGUUGUUGACUUUGACAUGAUUUUGUAUUCUUAGUAUGGAGUUUUUACAUGCUUGGUACAGCUACUCUCUCAUAUAAUAUUUAGAUUUUUAUGCAUAUGGAUUUUC